UGUCGACAGUCUGUCAGCCGAUUAACAAUAAUUCAAACGUCCUGUCUCUGUCCGUGAUACAAACUAUUCGCUCUCAUAGAACCUUCAACAAUAGAAUUCCACAUAAUCUUAUCCAAUAUCGUCAUUGAAUGAUACCUUAUCGUGAGUUAUGACGCGAUGAUAUUCACAUGUACAUUGUCGCAAGUUCUCCGCUUUGAAUGUGAAUAAUUUUGAUUUUUGCUGUAGGGGAGUGUAAUGAGUUCGCGUUAACUUUUACUACAAAGUAACUUAAGUUUACAGUUAUUUAGUGAUAUUUUUCGUGAUGUCGUUGUUUAAGAAGAAGGCGCCAAAGUAUUCAGCGCCACCGGUACCUCCUCCACCGGUGGAAGACGUACAGAACCAUCAAUCUAACGGUUUGGACAAUAACAACGGUGCUCAGAAGUCACAAUUAGUGUUUCACUGUCAACAGGCACAGGGGAGUCCCCUUGGGCUUAUUUCUGGAUUUUCAAAUGUUAAAGAGCUUUAUCAGAAAAUAGCAGAAUGUUACGACUUUCCUCCGGAAGAUAUUUUAUUCUGCACUCUAAACACACACAAAGUGGAUAUGAAGAAGUUGCUUGGUGGCCAAAUAGGAUUAGAAGAUUUCAUAUUCGCACAUCGAAAAGGUCGGCCAAAGGAAAUAGAAAUAGUUAAAACUGAAGACGCUCUCGGCUUAACGAUUACUGACAACGGAGCAGGAUAUGCCUUCAUAAAGCGAAUAAAGGAAGGAUCUAUUGUUGCAAGAAUUCCUCAUAUAGAGGUUGGUGAUCACAUUGAACGACUAAAUGAAGAGAACAUGGUCGGUAAAAGACAUUAUGAGGUGGCUAAACUAUUGAAAGAUAUACCUAAGGGUACUACAUUUACUAUAAGAUUAGUAGAACCAUUGAAAAGCGGUUUUGGGAGCAUUGGACCUAAAAGUGGCAGUGCUAGGUCCGGUAAAAAACAAAAUUAUGGAUCAGGCAAAGAAACGCUCAGAUUUAAGGCUAAUGGACAAGCUACGAUAGAAAAUGAGCACGACGAGAAAUCAAAAGCAGGCAUAGAUAAAAUAAAUUCCCUCCUUGAAUCUUUUAUGGGAAUAAAUGACACAGAAUUAGCAACUCAAAUGUGGGAUCUUGCUGAUAAGAAAAUAAAUUCGAUGCAACUUGCCGAGGCUAUUGACAAUAGUGACCUCCAGGAAUUUGGGUUUACAGAUGAAUUUAUAAUCGAACUUUGGGGCGUCAUCACUGAUGUUAGAUCUGGAAGACUCUAAUAAACUUUAAAAAAUAUAUACGUGUAGGAAUUGAAAAGUUGAGUACCAUCAAACUAUUAAAAACUUUCGAUUAAAAGAUUUCGUAUUAGCAAUAAUUAAAUAAGUUAUUUAUAACAAAUAGAUAAUAUUGUAUAUUAUUUACAUUGUUAAGUAGAGGAUAUGCUUAUAGUGUUAUUAUGUGUUUAUAUUUUCUGUUACUUAUGGUAUGAAAUUGUUAUUAUGCGGCAAUUAAUGUCUAAUUAUAAUGAUUCAGCUUCAUUUAUUCUUUCUGAACAUCACUUAACUACGUCACAUAAUAUUUGGUAAUUUAAUUCACAUUGAUCAAAAUUAUACUAAUGAACCGAAAUUACCAUCCGCUAUUUAAGUUAAUUAACAUCUAUUUGUGUUAAAUUACUUAACACAAAAUAUUACCUAAGAAGGUGAAUUGAAAUAUUUUCUAUUUAAAUGUAGUAAUGGAUUGCAUGUUGAACAUAAAGUUCAUUUUAUUUUUUAUUUUUAUAAGUCGACCAAAAAUGUUUUGUAAAAUUGACCUCUUUAAUUUACAUUGAUAUUAAAAAAAAUCUCUAUUUAUAAAAUGUUUUUUGAUCGCAAAAAACAAAUGUAUUAUUUAAUGCAUUUUCGAUAUAGUUGUAAAACUAGGUUUUACAAUUCUAUGUGCUGUUAGUGUUUAAAUAAGAAGUCAUAUAAAAAAGUUACAAACAAUGUUACAACAAAAAUGUUUUGGAAUAAUUGCGUUGUCAGCAAUAUAAACAUAAACUUCACAAUAGUAAGUUGGGUUUCUUACUAUAGCAUUGAAGAUCACAGAUCUACUAGUCCUUUGACCACAAUUCUUAUUUCAAACAACGAAAACAAAAAUCAUCUGUCAUAAUGAAUAAUAAUUUUUUAUAUUGUGAAGUCACUCUUUGACAUAAUUUCAUGUUUUCCUAUAUUUAAAAUUUCAUAUAUUACAAUAACUUAUUAAUUUUAUGUAAGCUUUUUAUCAUUGAUAUAUACCUAUUUGACAUUUUACAAUUUGAAGUGCCUUAUUGUAACUGUGACAAGGUGAUUAUAAUAAUAUUCUUAAUAAACAUAUGUAU